ACUGCAAUUUUACUGCAAUUUCAUACCGUAUACGAAGACGGUAUAUCUUAGCUUCGCUGACAGACAGCUACAGUUUAAGCAAAGCAAAACAUUACUGGGCAUUACAGUAAUGCAUGAUUAUGUGUGAUAGAUUGUUGUUGCUUAUUACGGUUUCUUAUCGCUAUCACCGUUCACUUAUCGUUUGCAACUUUUCCGACAACUUUUCCUAGAGAUAAGCUAACCUGCCUAUAUUCACUUCCCUCGCAUUUCACUCGUAGCACUUUAUAUUACCCAUGCUAAGUCUUGGAUACCUAUUGAUCGAGUUGUGAAUUAAAACUCCGUAUUCUAUCCUGCGACUAGUAGCCUCAUUAAGCAGCGACUAGCAGCAGCGUUCCAACAGGUCAGAAUGGCAAAUGAACAGCAGCCUAAAGAAGUGAGCUACAAAUAUGACUGCUGCGAUGUAAUCGAGAGAAGUGUUUUCAAGGCGCAGCUUACAGACUGCGAUCCUACGAGCGAAAACGGCUAUGUAGCUGUUAAGGUUGCCGCCGUGCCGCUUAAAUCGCUUCGGAACAUUCGACUACAGCAGCAGGAGAAAAUAUUAAGAGUUCUCAAGAAUAAGAACGUAGUCGGUUACCAAACGGUUGUCCAAAAACGGAUGAGGCCCGAUUUGGUCCAAUUGGAGUUCUGCAUGACCUAUCAUCCAGAUGGAAACUUGCGAGACCUGAUUGGGACCUACGAAAAACAAGGGACAAUGAUGUCAGCCAAAACUAUGGUCAAUUUUUGUACACAAUUGGCCAGUGGCUUAUGGUAUUUGCAUAGGAAGGACAUCGUUCAUGGUCGACUGAAGCCAUCAGCCAUUCUUGUCAGCCAGUCGACGACAGAAUGUAAUCUGCGUAUUGGCGGUUUGGAUAAAAUGAUCGUGCUGCAUAAGAACAAGGCCACGGCUGACGACAUGGACUAUUAUAGAGAAACCGUGAGAUCAAUCAUGCAGGAAUCGACAGGUAAGUAUGCAUCACCGGAAAUCAUUCAAGCCAUUGAUCCGCGAACCAGAACUAUAUUCGAUCAAAAAACUGAUGUAUGGAGUCUGGGAUGUAUUAUGGUGGAUUUGGCGCGAUGCUGCUUCGACGACAAGAAAAAGCAUCUUUAUAACGAGGAGACCAACACCAAGAAAGCGGUCAAUAGUCUGGGUUGGCCUUGGAAUCUUACGCGUACAGCGGAAGGACACAUUCCCUAUAUCUCACAAAACAUACCUACAGAAUUUACGCGAAAAAUUCUGCAGCGUUGUUUGAGCAAGGAUUGCAACGGACGAUUUUCAGCCGAGGAGCUUCACAACGCUUUGGUGAGACUUGAGAUAUUCAGUGUGGAGAAGACUGGUGUCCGCCAAGGUGCGAUAUCAAGUAAUGCUGGUGUAGACAACGGCGAACCGUCUGAUCUGCCAUGGCGGGAUGGUUGCCGCCCUAACAUUGAACCGGGCAUUUCAAGUCCAUCGGAUUGGCUCGGAAAAGGCAGCUUUGGCGCAGUCUUUCGGGGCAAACUUGUAGAGGGAAUUUACGAAACUCUUCCAACAACGAUUGCUAUCAAAACCGUUGAACUGAAAAAAGAAAAGCUUAAAGAGUUCGCUGAUAAAACCAAACGGGAAGAAGCGAAGAGCCGUUGGGAAGCUCUGAUAACGCUGCGACAUCUUAAUAUCGUCACCUAUUACAACUUGACCUUCAAGAAAAACAAACAACUUGAUGGACCCGUAAUAGAAAUCGUGAUGGACUACUGCUCAGAACUUGAUAUUCUUUCGGACGUCUGGGUUGCUGGGUGCUAUGGAUGAUUGCAUCCGUAAAUAGGAUCCCAGAGCACUGCAGUGCCUGCCCUACGCUACUGAAUUCACCGGAGACCGAUAAUUAUCAACAGCUACCUGAAUUGUUAUAUGUUAACCGGAAACUUCGGCAAAAUAGUUAAAGGCUAAUUUGCCAUCCAUACUGAAGUACUGCGGCAAACUAGCUAACGACUAUUUUAACGCAGUGUGCGGCAAAAUAGGAAAAGGCUAUUUUACCGACCAUAGUGCGGUAAAAUAGCUAAUGGCUAUUUUGCCGCCAAUACUGCGGCAAAAUAGCCAUUUCGAAACUGGCUACCGUGAACAUGCUAUUUUUUCCGGUACAACAAGCUUAUUUCUCCUACAACUUCCGCCGCCUUCCCUUUGAUUAUUGCCAGAAUCUGUUCAUGCUUUAAUUUUCUGGGAUAAUGUAUGUCAGUAGAAAUUAAAGAUUGUAUCGGUACAAAACGACCAGCUUCCAGUGGACGGCAGCCAGCUCGCCCGUCAACCUCAUUACCUUACAGACACAAACAUGACAUCAAUAUUUGAACCAUUACUAUGAGUAUCGUACGCUUUUUUCACCUUGGCAGUUUGUUGUGAAAUAGUAGACACGGAAAGUAUCAACAUUGCAGAGAAGGAAACGGAAACCUUUCCGCUAAGGAGCUAUGCGUAGUAUAGUGAGCCUACGGAGAAAACCGAAACAAUCACAAACGCAAUGCUUCUCUUCAACCAGCUACACAUCACGCUGCAUAUUCUAAAAUAGCCUAUCAACCGGCUCAGACGACGAUCGCUGGCAACUGAAAUAUCUGCCAGAUUUACAAUCUGACAGAUCGAAAUCACAGCCGGAAAUGAGAAAACAGAAAACCAGACUAACAGCCGCCCGAGCCCGGGUGUACGGGGAAGGCCACUCUUCUUCACAGUUGGUAUCCGUAUCCUUCGUCGCAAGCUGUACGGUGUACCCCCUAUGUCACGUUUAAUCUUUCCUCGUAAACAUUGCUUGCGUGUGAUUUUGCGGUGUCCAAACAGCUUUUUCAAAGUGCAUUUUUGGGCAUCCGACAAGAUUUUUU